AUGAAUGAUGACGACUACUCUCCUACAUUAGAUGAGAGUUUCAUAAGGCAAACUGAUGACAUGGGUGGACAACAUCCGGCAGAAGAAAAGAAGUACAUUGUGUUCCAUGAGCAACUUAUGGAGUUGUUCACUGUGUGCAAGGAGUGCUAUUCGCCAUGCAAGCCCCCAACCUGUAGAAUGAUGGGAACACUUCUCAGUGUGGAGACCGAAUGUGCUAGAGGCCACUUCACCACGUGGCAAUCUCAGCCAGUUUUGUCUGGCAAGCCUGCGGGAAACCUUCUUCUUACUGCUGAAAUCCUUUUCUCGGGUUCUAGCAUAGCAUCCACACUGAGAAUGCUCGAACUCAUGGGGGUACAAGUAAUUUGUGAAAGGACCUUCUACAAUUAUCAGCGUGGGUACCUGCUUCCAGCAAUUGAAAGGAUUUACAAGCUGCGCCAAAACGAAUUGUUUGAUGCUCUGUCUGGUGCAACCGUGGAUUUGGCAGGGGACGGCAGAUGCGACUCCCCCGGUUUUUCUUCUAAGUACAUGAGCUACAACCUGCACGUUGCACAGCUCAAUAAAAUUCUGCACACUGAACAAGUGCAAGUUGGAGAGACUGAUGACGUCAAGUCAAGCGUGCUGAUGGAAAAGCAGGGGCUUAUCCAAGGACUAAAAGCCAUCAGGGACAAAGGGGUCAUCAUCAAGUCCCUGACAACAGAUCGCCACCCUGCCAUAAAAAAACACAUGGCGACACAGGAGCCCAGUAUCCAACACUACUUUGAUGUAUGGUAUAUAUCGAAAGGAAUAAAAAAGAAACUUGCUGCAGCAAGCAAGAAGUCUGGGUGCAGCGAGCUAGGUCUCUGGGUCAUUAGCAUUGAAUAG